UUUUUUUUUUUCUCGCCUUUUUUAUUUCUAAAAUGCAAAAAGAGAUAACUGUGCUAUUGCUGUGUAUUUUAUUGGUUGUAGUCAAUGCAAUCGAAUUUAAAAACAAGGACCAUUCGAAUUAUGGCGACACCAAGGAUAAUAAAGCACAUAUCAAGGAGCAUUUGAAUUCAUUGUCAGGAAAAUCAAGUGAGAUACCACCCGAUUUGAGUGACGAAGAUAUGAUUUAUUAUCUUUUCUUGAUUCACGAUGUCAAUGGUGAUGGUUUUUUGGACGGUCAUGAAUUAAGAACCGCUUUCACUGAUUUCGGUGAUGAACACGAAGACGCUACAAAGUACUUGUCAUUGGACGAGGUCACGGACAUGAUUGACCAUGUGUUGGAAGAAGAUGACAAGGAUGGAGAUGGCCUUAUUAGUUGGUCAGAAUAUCUUGAGUCACAAAACUAUCAUCAAAAGUAGUAACAAGCAAACAAAUAAAGCCUCCCCCCCCCCCUUAUUUUUUUUUUGACAUCAUUUGCC